AUGGAGACCUCUAAUGAUCUGAAGCUGCCAUCCACCCAGGUUGACGAAGCAAAACGGGCCCCUAUACAGAUCAUGGAGCGGGAUCUUAAGGAGUACUCAGCAAUCCUUCGCAAAGUGGACUGGCAUAUUGUCCCUAUUAUGCUCGCCUGUUACUUCUUAGAAUUCCUUGACAAAGUGCUCAUCAAUUACGCAGACGUCAUGGGCCUACAAGAAGAUUUGGGCAUGACAGGAAAUCAAUUCAGCUUAAUGGCAACACUCUUUUUCGUCGGUUUCGCAGUGGCCGAGGUACCUCAAGGCUAUCUUCUACAAGCGUUCCCUUUGGCAAAAGUAUUGGGGUUUAACUUACUAUGCUGGGGAAUACUAGUCGCUUGCAUGGCUGCGGCGCAGACCUACGGCCAAAUACUCGCUAUUCGCAUACUGCUCGGCGCCUGUGAAGCUGUCAUUUCGCCUGCAUUGGUCUUGAUUACAUCUACCUGGUACACCAAGCGCUGCGCAGCUCCUCGCUACGGGAUCUGGUACUGUGGUCUCGGUGUUGGCCAGAUCAUUGGAGGCCUCAUCUCAUUUGCAGCUCAGCAUAGUCCAGAGACUGGACUCAGCGGAUGGCGUAUCAUGAUGAUUGUAGUUGGUGUUUUCAACAUUUGCAUUGCAUUUGUAGUCAUCAUUUUCCUUCCUUCGACUUUGGAAUCGGCCAAAUUUCUCACAGAAAUCGAGAAGGAAUCGCUCCGAAGCAUGCUGGUUCUCGAUCAAGCAGGAAACGGACUUAAGGUAUUCAAGAGGGAAGGUCUUUUUGAAGUUUUCAUAGAUCUGCAAGUCUGGUUAUUGUCCCUUCUUACUAUCCUGACCGUUAUCCCAAGCGGUGUCAUAACGACUUUCUCAGCAAUUUUGAUCAAAGGGUUCGGAUAUAAUUCCAAGCAAUCUGCGCUACUCAACAUGCCAUCCGGAAUCGUCAGCAUCAUUGCAACUUGUGGAUCCACGUACGCCGUCCUCAAGAAAACACCACGCUGGAUCAGCAUAAUUAUCGUCAUAGUACCUGCGCUUAUCGGUGCAGGUCUAAUGUCAUUCCUUCCACAAUCCAACCAAGGCGGAAAAUUGGCUGGCAUUUAUCUCCUGAAUACCACCGUUGCCCCAAUGGCGCUCAUAUACUCCUGGGUGGGAGCCAACACUGCCGGAUAUACGAAGAAAAUAGGAGCCAACGCCAUGAUCGCGGUUGGAUUCAGCAUCGCCAAUAUUAUCGGACCACAGACUUUUCAAGCUAAAGAUGCACCGAAAUAUACGCCAGCCACCAUAACCCUCUUUGCAGUCCUAGGAGGCGCAUUGCUUGUUUCCGGCCUUCUCAGGUUACUAUACGCAUACCGCAACGCAUCCACAAGGAGGAACCGGAACGAGCAACUUGCGAGUGAAGUUGUCGAGUCGGUGAUUACAACAGAAGAGCAAGAGGAUCUGAACGACCUCAAAAAUCCGGCGUUCGUCUACGUAUACUGA